AUGCUCGAGCUUCUUGGAACUUACAGGAAUCUCAUACUUCAAAUCCUCUUAUCUCUCUUCUUAACCCUAAUCCUCUCGUUUAUCAGAAUCCCUAUCAUCUUCCUCUACGGUCUCUGUACUUACAUCCAACCGGAGAAUCUCGGCCAGAACAACGCCGGAAGUGGAGUCAGAGCCGCGAUUCGACGUCCGUCUAGUGUCGACGAUCCAAAGUCCAAUGUUGAAGUCAGGAGAAGGAAUAGAUCCAAGGAUAAAUCCGAAUUCGACGAAAGCAAUGCCCAGAUCUUCCGGAUUAAGCUCGAUGAAGACCACCUCAGAUCUCGAAUGUAUUUCAACGAGUAUAAUGCACUCUUCGUUUUAUCCUUGUUAGCUCUUUCCUGCUUUCUUCUCCACAACUACUUCGGUGUAGACGAUUCCCAUGGCGUUCUGGGUAAUGGAUUGAUGUUCCCGCUUGUUCUGGGAUUUAUCGCCUUGUGUAAGGUAUUCGUUGCUUUAGCUAAGAUUUCGAUCGAGAGAUCUGCUUCCAAGACAUCUGAGAAGAAACUAAGCUUGAUUUUUGGGGGUUUAGGGUUUGUUUUCGGGAUUAUAAUCAGUGCUGGGGUUUUCCCUAAAGGAUUUGAUUUCCAAUUGGGUUCCGUUGAUGCCUUCUGCUGCAUACUCAUAUCUUUCUCAAUGGCUUGCAUCGCUGGAUUCCUUUACAUGCCUGCAGGGAGAAGCGCUAGGUCGUUUUGGGUUGGAACUGAUCAGAUUAGGAGUAAUUUGUCCAUCAUAUCUUGUGGAUGGUUUGGUAGAAUGAUUCUCUAUGCGAAUUACGUCGUAUCGGUUUUCACUUCGUUGCUUUGGUUUCAUCCAUUGGCAGAGAUUCUUGUGAAAAGAAGCCACAGUGCUGGAGCUAGGGGUAGCCACAUUGGGUUGGUUGGUAAUGUAGGCAUGUCAACUACUGAUUUCGCAAAGUUUCGGGUUCUCUGCUUGUUACUUUCGGGUUUACUACAAGCCAUGGCGGUUCGACCUAACAUCCAGAUGUUUUUGAAUGAAGCAGUGCUCUCAUGGUACCAGAGAUUACAUGGAAGCAAAACUCCUGAUCUUGAGUUUAGCCGGGCAAAGAUGUUCCUUCACAACCACUACUUAUGCCUCGUCGCUUUGCAGUUCUUGGCGCCACCAGUCCUUGUGAUUCUCUUCCUCGGCUUGUCUCAGAUCGACUUGAGCUCUUUUGCUGUAUCUCAACUGGUAUGUGGUUCUUUGCCUUGCAGCGAUUUCGUUAGACAAGUGGGUUUGUUGAUGUCUUGGUGGAUUAUCUUUGUUUGGUCGGGUUUUGCUUCAGCAAGUCUUGUCUUCUAUCGUCGUGGUGUCUUAUAUGUCUCUUGA